AUGGCGGCUAAGAUUGACUUGUUGACUCUCAGCGCUGCCGAUUUACAAGGACUCUUUAGUCGAGGUGUGGUCACCAGCGUCGAAAUCAUAAGCAGAUAUCUUGAUCAGAUUGAAAAGCACAACCAUGCGGGACUGAAGCUUAAUGCUGUCAUCUCAACACCUCCGCGAGACGACGUGCUGGCCCGCGCUCAAAAGUUAGAUGAAGAGCGGGCGCGUGGACUAAUUCGGAGUCCUCUUCACGGAAUUCCUAUCCUUCUCAAAGAUGUUUACUGUACCCCAGACUUGGGUAUGCCGACAACUUGUGGCAGUUUUGCGCUGGCGAAGGCAAAAGCUAAGUCAAAUGCGAAGAUCGUGGACGCACUGCUCGCAACCGGUAUGAUUGUCAUUGGAAAAGCCAAUUUAUCGGAACUUGGUAGUCAGAAGGGAGCCGCAUUGAUGGCCGGAUGGUCAGCUGUUGGCGGUCAGACCCAGACUCCAUAUGUCAAAGGAGGAGUUGUUCCAGACUCACCAUGGCUGGGCCAAACGACACCAGCCGGCUCAUCAUCCGGUAGUGCGGCUGGAGUAGCAGCUGGUUUUGCACCGUUGUCACUUGGAACUGAAUCAGAUGGUUCGCUCAUCAUGCCUGCUGCCCGCGCCGGACUCUAUACCCUGAAGAUCACGCCAGGGACAGUCGACAACACAGGUGUCCAGCCAGCAUUCCCCCAGUUGGACUGCCUUGGUGGGUUCUCAAGGAAUGCUAUUGACCAAGCCCACCUGGUCGCCAUACUGCAGGGCCAUCACCCGGAAAAGUAUCUCCCUCUGAAUACAUCCUGGAGCGGCCUCAAGAUUGGCUUCUCGGACCCAACCAAGUGGCGCUCAUACCCCACGGCAAUGGAGACCGUUGAGACCUUCUGGCAGCAAACCGACAACGCCAUGUAUGCGGCUGCUGAGAAGAUUCGCUCCAUGGGCGGCAGAGUCGUUCAGUCUGUCCCUGUGCCAUCCUGGGAUGACAUUGUCCAAGCCAUGCCAGACUUUGAGCAGAUGGAGGAUAUGAACCCCUACGCGUUCCGCAAUUGUUUCAACCAUUUUCUAGCAGGUUUCGAAGGUGCCCCGCAAUCUAUCGCAGAGCUAGUUGAGUUCAACAACGACCACGCAAGUGAAGAAUUUACCGCCCGCAAUGAUAAUCAGUGGUUUUUAGAGACCGCAAGAGAUGACUCUACCACCAAAGAAGUCUUUGACAGAAAUUUCAAAGCCCUCCGAGACUUCGCUUCGGGCACCAUGAAGAGUCUGCUCAAGGAAUACGACAUCGAUGUCGUUCUGGGGCCCUGCGACUCUCGCACAGGAAGUGUUGGGACGGCUUCAGGCUUCCCGGUGGCGAGUCUGCCAUUGGGAUUUGCAGACUUCAACGGCCGAGGCUUCUCGCUCCAUAUGCUGGCGCCGGAGAACGAAGAGGCGAAGAUGCUGCACGUUAUGGCGGCAUGGCAGGCGACGUUUCCAGAAGGUGUUCGUCCACCGCCCAUCCUGAUCGAGAAGUAA